AUGAAUGGAUUUGUGUUGUGUUUCGCCUUGGUCGCACUCCCGGUCGUCGUUCUAUACCCGGUGUUUGGCAAGAUUCGCCGCCGGGGAAGGACGGACCGCCCCGAUGGUCUUUACACGGUCUACCAGCCCAAGAAGGGCGAGGAUGUUACUUUCGAGAUUGUUGCCGUCCAUGGCCUUGGGGCACAUCCGGAAUACACCUGGACAGGUACCCCAUCGGCAUCGGCUGGUAUGGACCACGGGAAACGUAUUCACCUGCUGAAAGACCUAUUGAAAGACGACUUUCCGACCGCAAGAAUCCUGUCGUUUGCGCACAACUCGGACUGGUUGAUCGAUGCCCCGAUCACGUCAGCGCAGCAAAUUGGCAAUCGGUUGCUAGACGACUUAGUGGAACAUCGAAAUACGCGCCAACAGCUGCUUGGCAAUAUCAAUCAAUGGACGGAUGGCCCCAUAGCUUGCGAGCAUGUAUAUUGGCUUCAAGGAAAGGCUGGCACCGGCAAGUCCACGAUCGCUCGUACCGUGGCGGGUGAACUUGCCGAGCAGGGUCGUCUCGCGGCCAGCUUCUUUUUUAAGAGAAAUGAAUCCGAUCGCGGGAGUGCCCGCUACGUGUUCAGCACUAUUGCUGCCCAGCUCGCCCAGAAGUUGCCCGCGGCUGCUGAGCGCAUGCGAAAUGCUAUUGAAGCCAACCUAGGUAUCGCCGCAACGGCGCUUGGAGAGCAGUUUAGGAAAAUGAUCCUACUGCCAAUGGAGGCCGUCCCUUACGAUGCUCCCUAG